AUGUUCGAGCUCAACAAUAUCGUCAACGAGCACUACACCGGCAUAUUCUCAACCACGCUCUCCGUCACGUUCUACGCACCAACAACCGACUCUCCUCGACCUCGCUCGGCAGACCUCAUCCUUCCCCUCACGACUCGCAGCAAAACUGGCUCGCAAAUGCUGGUCUACCCUGGAGAUGCGAACGUAGAAGUCGAGAUACCCGUCAACGCGGCAGAAGCGUGGCUGGAGGUGAUUGCGACAGGCGCAGCGGAAGAAGAGUUCUACUACACCAACCUGAUCGCUCAGGGAAGUAAGUACCUACCAGACGCCGGCUUGAUCGGCAAGGGUCCGUAUCGCGAAGUUCAACUCCGGAUAGACGAUUUGCUCGCUGGCAUCGUAUACCCUUUUCCGGUCAUCUACACCGGCGGUGCGAACCCGCUACUCUGGCGCCCGCUGGCCUCGCUUCGAGCAUUCGACGUCCCGUCUUUUUUCGUCGACAUGACGCCGUACCUGCCUCUGCUGUGCGACGGGCAGAAACAUCGCUUCGAGUUCUCGGUUCUUGGACAAGGCAAGGAUGGCAGCGUCACUGACAACUGGUUCAUCACCGGCGCCUUACACGUCGACCUCGACAAAACCGACCCGCCCGUCCGCACAACCGGCCGUCUCCUUCAGCAUCAAAUCCCGCCUUCACCGCUCAUCUUCUCCGGCAUCUUUCCCUCGAGCGACAACUCGACUCUCAAGACUGUCGUCAAGGCUGCGAGGGAGGUCAAGGUCGUUUCGAGGGUCGUGACGGGGUCGGGGAGCAGGUUGGUGAGGGCGUCGACAGUCGCGAGUUUCGCAAAUGAGCAGUACUACGCCGACAACGGGACGUUCCAGCACAUCGUGCAAGACAUCCAAGUCGCGCAAACCUCGGAGGACCUCUCCCUGCACCGCUACACCUACCGCGACGUCUACUCCUUUCCUCUCGACUUGAACACCAACUACACUCUCUUUGAGUCGGACCACCGCUUCGCCGCGCGGGUCGACAACUACGGUUACGAUCGCGCGAGAAUGCUUCCCGAGGCCCUGGGAGGGGUUGCGGGACGAGCGAGUCUCACGAGAUCCAACCAGCGAGGAGAGGCCGAAAUCACUGGACGGAAAGGGAGACGAUCGACGGGCUGGGGCGAGAUGAGCGAGACAUACGAGUUUGUCGGUCCGGGAGGCGAGACUUACGAGGAGGAGAUCCGAGCCGUCAAUGCGUCCAUCGUUUCGCGGAAACGGAGUGGCUCGCUCGCGCCGGAGUCGACUUCGAGGUUGACGGUCGUCCAGGCUGACUUCGUUCUUUGCUUCGGCGCUUCCUGUACAUUGUAG